AACCACAGCCUACACGUGACCCUUUCUCUUACUACUUCAACAGCUACUCGUUCCUGCUUCUUCCUCCGAUAAUGGCGGCUGCGACGUCGUUCUCUUCGGCCAUCUCCUCCGCUUACAAAACCCUAGCCCAACCAGCCGCCACCACAACCUUCUCCACCACCAACAUCGCACUGCAAUUUUCCUCUCCCAGGCUCGGCUUCAAAGCCCUACGUCUUCGCCGCGCCGGCGGCGGCUCUGCUCUCGCCGCUCGCAUGGUGUCAGCACCGGCUGUCAAAGCCCCUGUUUCGCUCGAUUUCGACACCUCCGUCUUCAAGAAGGAGAAGAUUAGCCUCGCUGGACACGACGAGUAUAUCGUAAGAGGAGGCAGGGAUUUGUUCCAUUUGUUGCCAGAUGCUUUCAAGGGGAUCAAGCAGAUUGGUGUUAUCGGUUGGGGAUCACAGGGACCUGCUCAGGCUCAGAAUCUACGGGACUCACUUGCUGAAGCGAAGUCUGAUAUUGUGGUUAAGAUUGGACUCAGGAAAGGUUCUCGUUCCUUUGCUGAAGCUCGUGCAGCUGGGUUCUCUGAGGAGAAUGGGACUCUUGGUGACAUAUGGGAAACUGUAUCUGGCAGUGAUCUUGUGUUGCUGUUAAUUUCUGAUGCUGCACAGGCCGAUAAUUAUGAAAAGGUAUUUUCUCAUAUGAAGCCAAACAGCAUACUUGGGCUGUCCCAUGGGUUUCUUCUUGGGCAUUUACAGUCAAUGGGACUUGAUUUUCCAAAGAACAUUAGUGUAAUUGCUGUGUGCCCAAAGGGGAUGGGUCCAUCUGUGAGGAGGCUCUAUGUCCAAGGCAAAGAGAUAAAUGGUGCUGGAAUUAAUUCUAGUUUUGCAGUCCACCAGGAUGUGGAUGGCAGGGCUACUGAUGUUGCUUUGGGAUGGUCUGUUGCCCUUGGUUCUCCAUUCACCUUUGCCACUACAUUAGAGCAGGAAUACAGGAGUGAUAUCUUUGGGGAGAGAGGCAUUUUACUUGGUGCUGUUCAUGGACUUGUGGAGUCCUUAUUUAGAAGAUACACUGAAAAUGGAAUGAGCGAAGAUCUGGCAUAUAAGAACACUGUUGAGUGUGUAACAGGGAUUAUAUCUAAAACCAUCUCAACUAAGGGCAUGCUAGCUGUAUACAAUGCUUUAAAUGAAGACGGGAAAAAGGAAUUUGAAAAAGCCUAUAGUGCCUCUUAUUAUCCUUGCAUGGACAUUUUGUAUGAGUGCUACGAGGAUGUGGCCAGUGGUAGUGAGAUUCGCAGUGUUGUUCUUGCUGGUCGUCGCUUUUAUGAGAAAGAGGGUUUACCUGCUUUCCCAAUGGGUAAAAUUGAUCAGACCCGAAUGUGGAAGGUUGGUGAGCGUGUUCGAUCUACUAGACCAGCUGGUGAUCUAGGUCCAUUAUACCCGUUUACUGCAGGUGUCUUUGUGGCACUGAUGAUGGCCCAGAUUGAGAUCCUGAGGAAGAAAGGUCACUCCUACUCCGAAAUUAUUAAUGAGAGUGUUAUCGAGUCUGUUGAUUCUUUGAAUCCUUUCAUGCAUGCUCGCGGUGUUUCCUUCAUGGUUGAUAACUGCUCGACCACAGCUAGGAUGGGUUCGAGGAAAUGGGCUCCACGGUUUGAUUACAUCCUAACUCAGCAAGCCAUGGUGGCAGUGGACAAUGGAACGCCUAUUAACCAGGACCUAAUUAGCAACUUCCUGUCAGACCCAGUGCAUGGAGCUAUUCAAGUCUGCGCUGAACUGAGACCUACAGUCGACAUUUCUGUGCCACCAGAUGCAGACUUUGUUCGUCCCGAGUUGCGCCAGUCCAGCAAUUAGAGCUUGAAGUGAUUACGGCUUUUACUUGCCCGCUUCAAUUUAGAUUGCUCAGUAAACCGCUGUCUUGUUAGUUUCAGUUUUCCAGUUUUGUUUUCAUGAGUAAGUGCUAGUAUGUCGGUUGUAUCAUUAUUUUGUAGUUUGUACUAUCUGUGUUUUACGAUUGGCGAACGUUGCUUAAUGUCCUGUUUAAUAUAAGUUAUAAACUAUGUUAUUAGCAUAAUAUACGUGCGUGCGUACCUUGAAGGUGAGACGGUUUAAGGAUUUUGCGAUCUUAAAUUCUUAUUUCUUACAAGUUAACUG